GCAGCUAUAUAAAGGGUUCUGUUUACAGGAUCAGGUAGUUAAGAGUCUUUGUUUUUGGUUUUCGGAGCAAGUCAAAAUGUCCUGCGUUGCAGCCGAGUUAUUUUUUCACAACAGUUCGGUGGAAGAUAUGAUAAGUUAGUGGCGAGCGUUUUAAAGAUAGUUUUAUUUUUUUUCCUAAUACCCCCCCCCCUUUGUUUUUCCUUUAACUUGUGACAGAAGACAAGAGGCCGCAUCUGGGAACAUAUUUUCACGAUUACCCAAACGUUUAAGGAGCAUUUCUGUGAAAGGUAGCAGCCAUGGUGUUGGUUCUGGGCAGGAGAAUAAACAGCAGUAUCUCAGACACCAAAGAAUCACCAGUUGUCAAACGCAAGGUUUUGCCAGUUGAAUGCAAAACAGGCGAUGUCUUUGACUUCUGCUCUGGUGCGUCACAUUCAGAGGGAAUUCUUCAGGUGUUCAAUGAGUUCCGCGACUGCCGCCUUUUCACUGAUGUGGUCAUCAGCGUGCAGGGCCGCGAGUUUCCCUGCCACCGCGCUGUUCUCUGUGCCUGCUCUUCCUACUUCAAGGCCAUGUUCUGCAAUGAUCACCGUGAGAGCAGAGAGAUGCUGGUUGAAAUCAACGGCAUUGUGGCCGAGGCGAUGGAGGCCUUCCUCAACUAUGUUUACACUGGCCGUGCCAAGAUCACCACCGAGAAUGUCCAGUUUCUCUUUGAAACCUCCAACCUCUUCCAGAUCACCACACUGCGGGACGCUUGUGCAAAGUUCCUAGAGGACCAGCUUGACCCAUGCAACUGUGUUGGCAUUCAGCGCUUUGCAGAUGCUCACUCUCUAAAGCAGCUUGCUGGUCGCUGCAAAAGUUACGCUCUGGCAAAUUUCUCAGAGGUGUCACACCACGAAGAGUUCCUUGACCUACGGGUUGAAGAGUUGAAAGACUAUAUUGGCAGAGAAGAUUUGUCCGUCAGUAAGGAGGAGAUAGUGUUUGAGGCAGUGAUGAAAUGGGUGUACCACAAUGUGGACCAAAGGCGACCCAUGCUAAAGAGUUUGCUUCAGCACGUUCGGUUGCCCCUUCUUCACCCCAAUUACUUCGUCCAGACAGUGGAGGGAGACGAGCUCAUCCAAAAUGCUCCAGAGUGCUACCAGCUCCUCCAUGAGGCCAGGCGCUAUCACGUGCUAGGAAAUGAAAUGAUGUCACCCAGAACUCGUCCACGCAGGUCGACUGGUUACUCAGAGGUGAUUGUAGUGGUUGGAGGUUGUGAGCGAGUGGGGGGCUUCAACCUGCCCUACAAUGAUUGCUAUGAUCCAGUCACAGGGGAAUGGAAAUCCCUGUCUAAGCUGCCUGAGUUCACCAAGUCAGAGUAUGCUGUCUGCGCCUUGCGCAAUGACAUCUUGGUGUCUGGAGGACGCAUUAAUAGCAGGGAUGUGUGGCUGUACAACUCCCAGCUCAACCUUUGGAUCAAAGUGGCUUCUCUUGUCAAAGGCCGCUGGAGACACAAGAUGGGUGUCCUACUGGGCAAGGUCUAUGCUGUGGGUGGCUAUGAUGGGCAGAGCCGCCUGAGCAGCGUGGAGUGCUACGACUCCUUCUCCAACCGCUGGACAGAAGUGGCUCCAAUGAAAGAGGCAGUCAGUUCUCCAGCUGUGGCCAGCUGCAGCGGCAAACUCUAUGUUAUUGGAGGAGGCCCGGACGAUGAAACUUGUUCAGACAAGGUUCAAUGCUAUGAUCCAAAUACAAAUACAUGGUUACUGCGGGCCAGCAUCCCUAUCGCUAAGCGCUGCAUCACAGCUGUGUCCCUCAACAACCUGAUCUAUGUCUGUGGUGGCCUUACCAAGAACCUCUAUUGUUACGACCCAGCACAAGACUACUGGAUUCUUGUGUGCCAGACCUUCACCAAGCAGGAAAGUUGUGGCAUGUCAGUGGUUAACGGGAAGAUCUAUAUCCUUGGCGGCCAAGGGGAAAAUGGUGAAGCUACAGAUACAAUCAUAUGUUAUGACCCAGCGACAGGCCUCAUGACAGGAGAUCGUGGCAUGCCACGACCCAUCUGCUACCACGGAUGUGUAACCAUCCACCGCUAUUGUGACAAAACCAAACCAUGACUCUAAACACAGAAACACAGACAAGCGACAUGUGAGGACACACUACGAUAGCCAAACUUUUUAUGUACUUCACACAGACACAUAUUACUUUUAAACAAGAGACAUCUGAAUCAGUUCAAAAUAAAGAAGCAGAGAGCUAAUUUAUUCUUGCCCAUCAUUUUGUCUUUUUUGUGCAAUCUGCACACAUUUUAGAUUCGGUAAUCUAAAAUGUACCCCACUGACCUGGUUCCUAAUAUUUCCAUACAGCAGAGCAUAGUCCACCACUAAUUAGAAAUAUAAGUAUUUUUUUAACAUAUAUAUUUAAACUGUAUUUUUUUAUUCAUUGAUUUACAAUUGAGCUGAAAUGCAGGCAACAGUCAGUCAGCUGUGAUGCCACAGUAUCAGUUCUUUUAUCUAUUUACUGCCCUAACCUGUUAAAAACAGGCUGAAAUAACACAUUAGUCAGUUGUCAGUGAUAGCUCUGCUCCGUUGUUUCAGUUUUGUCCUCGCAAGUUCCCACUUAACAGGCUUGUUUCCCUUCACCUGUUUCACAUAGUUUCAUCACCUCAGUUUGUUUUCUAUAUUACUAUUUGUGUUCUCCAUUGCAAUUAACUGAUUUCUCAUGGUUUUUUAUAUAUAUAUAUUUCUUUAAUUUAUAUGUCUUUUUAAUUUUUUUUUUUUUUUUUAUAAAAGCAUGUCAUAUUAUUUACAUCAUUGUUGUGUCAGAUGAGUAUUACUGUCAGAUUUUUGGUGUUUGGGACAUGUGGGUGGUUUUGUUAGUUAGAAACCUUUGUAGAUCAAACUCAAGGAUUGCUCUAAAUAACUGAUGUGUGUGCAUGACAAGUAUGGAUGUGUGACCUGGAUGUGUUGGAGCCCAGCAGGUUUGACAUCAAGUUGUAGCAUAAGCACAGCACAACUGCUAACUCUUAAUUGAGGCUGGCGCCUCUCACUUAAACAUCAACAUACAAAGAUGUGUCUCCUUGGGUGUGUUUGUAUGUAUGUAUGUUUGCUGGUCGGUGAAGGUGUGCAGCAGUGGUAUACCUCACACACAGGGUUAAGAGUUCAUGCUAAAGAUUUACAACUUUGUGGCUCACAAUUUUCUUUUUUUUAUAUAAGUUGGUAUUGAUAGACCAGAGAAUUGCUGUGAAUAUAACUUUAAAGAUUUCUUUUUGUAUGGAAAGCAUUUUUGUCGGUGGUCUUUGUGUUUUUCUGUAACUAAGAUCCCCAGCGGUGCACUUUGACAAAGACCUUUUUCACUGUAGGCAGAUUUGGAAACGGAAUUACCUUUACUUUUUUGUAAAGUGCACAAGACAGUAAAUCAUAUUUAAUGGCUCUGAGUUCUCCCAAAAAUGACAAACUGAACACAAUUGGAGAGUUUCUUGCCAUUUUAGGAUAACAGGAACAAGUACAACUUACUCUGGAUAGUGAAUGUUACAUAUAUUUCUAUCUUUGAAAAUCAACAAAGCUGUUGGGGUUAUUUCCUUUUAUUCAUCAGCUUAAUUUGGUGUUAGACCUUGAAAUUAUGAACUUCUUGAUUCUCUUCUCCACACAUAAUUUUUUUUUUUUUGUCAUGUGCUAAGUCAGAAGGCCAGCUGGACGGGUUAAAGGAUGAGUUAAUGUAAGAAAAGGCUUAAAAUAGUGAGAAUGAGAAACAAACGUGCUUUCCGCUGAUAUUUUUAAAAUGAGUCACAAACAUUGUCCUGAUAUUCUGAUUUAUUGGUUUUGAAUGAACUUUCAUUUAUUGCCUGCUUGUGAUGAGCCUAUAUACUGAUUUUGUUUAAUCUGAUUUGUUUUUUUCUUCUUUUUCUUUUUGUGGUGAGAUAUGUAUUUGUGUGUUGUUCAGAUAAGGUCAUUCCAACAGGUUAAACAGUAUAUUGCAGAUGCUGACUGGAACAGUUGAGCAAAACCACAUAUAUAGUUUACCCUUCAUUAUCAAUGCGGAUAUCAACCAAAGUUAAUCUGAUUUUUGUCCCGGUUUAUAUGUGUUGAAAAAUAAUUGAUUGUGCCUGCAUGUAAGAUGGACGAUUGAACAUGUUAAAGGCUGUGCCGUAUGCCUUAAAACAAAUCAUGACAGGGCUAUUUAAUCUGGCCUUUUUGAUAUUGUUAAUUGUAUGUAUGAUGUAAGAAAGAGAACAUUUUGGAUAUUGGUAACUUGCAACAUGUUGCAGUGGUUGUAAGAGGAACAUCAAUAAACUCUUUAUAAAUA